AUGACGAGGCCAAGCGAAGCAAACAUCCUGCUAACUGCUAAGAAGUUCUUGAUGCAUCCGUCAUCGGACCCGAUUGCUGGUCGUCUAAGCUGCUUGGCCUUAAGGCAUUUGCUGCUGCUGUACGGCAUGUUCAACCAGGAUGUAGACUUUGACGUCACGUUACGGAUAGCAGCUAACCCGUCGAAUAACUGCCAACAAUCCCCAGACUGCCUCCAAGAAGUUACCCUGUUGCGUUUGGGUUUCGCUGCUCUUCAACUUGAGUUAUGGGAGGAUGCUGCCAAAGCAUAUCGUCUGUAUACCUCAUUGGAACCCAAUGGAUUUGAAUCAUGGAACAAUUUAGCGAAGGCUUAUAUAAAACUUGGUGACAAAAAGAGAGCCCACAAAGUCCUACAGGAAGCACUUAAAUGCAACUUCAGUAAUUGGAAAGUUUGGGAAAACUUUAUGCUUGUUAGCAUCGAUACUCAAAACUACGAAGAUGCAUUGAACUCUUACGAACGGCUACUGGAAUUGAAAGAAAAGUUCAUUGAUUUGGAGGUACUUGAAAUUCUAACCCAAGUAAUUUCCGAGGAAGCUCUAGACUCUAAUGGAAACUCAGCGAAAAGAUUCACGAAAAAAGCCAUCAAACUGUUGGGUCAUGCAUGCACGAAAAAUGUAAACAACGGUCACCUUCAUGAACUGUCCGCUCGACUAGAACUGGAAGACCCCUUAAAACGCGCUCAGAAGCUUCAAAGCGCCUACCGAGGGUACACCCAAGCCAACAGUCAGUGGUCCAAAACAGCCGACAGUUGUGGAAAAAUCGUUCAACUUUGCAUCGAACUUGGGCAAAGUUCACUGGAAGCAUUUGAAUCCGCGAAAGAUGAUGCGGGAAAGCUGCUAUCGGUGAAGUCCCAGCUCUCAUCAGCUCGACUAACCGGGCAAGGUUGUUUGAAAGUGGCCGGCAAUGAAGGGUGGGAGCAGAAUGCAGCUUUGCUGGAAGAGUUGAGGAUAUUAGUUGAACGCAUUACUACUGUGUUGACAAAUCUUAUCAAUAAAUAA